AUGUCUCCCCUUCAACCCCACCUGAUCCCCACUCAAACAUAUGCUCGUCGCGCAUACGGAAGGGGUUCAAGAUUAAGCUCUCAACUUAGUUUCACUGGAACAAGUUCUUUUUCUCAAAUAUCCGAAGAGAACAACAUUGCAAAUUCCCUAAUGUUUUCAAACUCAUCGCAUAACAAAAGAGCUAAGCUUGACAUCAAUGGUCUUAAUGUCAUGGAUUCUGAGCUUAAUUUUGGGCUAUCAGAAUCUGCUCUAGAGGCAGCCACGAUGGAGAAGAUGAUGGACCUUCCUCAUGAUUCUGUCCCAUGUAAAAUCCGUGCCAAGCGUGGUUGCGCUACUCAUCCCCGGAGCAUUGCUGAAAGGGAAAGAAGAACAAGAAUAAGCGGGAAGCUGAAGAAGUUGCAAGAUCUUGUUCCAAAUAUGGAUAAGCAAACAAGCUAUUCAGACAUGUUGGACCUGGCUGUACAACAUAUAAAAGGCCUUCAAACUCACGUUCAGAGCCUUAACAAUGAACUCCAAAAUUGCAAGUGUGGAUGCAAACCCAAAUGA